AGUCUGGUAUUCCCGCUGCCGCCGUGUCAGAAUACAGGGCUGGCCACUCGGCUCUUCCCUGCAGCAGAGCUUUACCUGUUCCUUGGUCCAGCACUGUACAGUCUGCAGUCUCUGGUCAUCCCCUGUACUGUGUCCGCAGUCUCUGGUCAUCCCCUGUACUGUGACCGCAGUCUCUGGUCAUCCCCUGUACUGUGUCCGCAGUCUCUGGUCAUCUCCUGUACUGUGUCCGCAGUCUCUGGUCAUCUCCUGUACUGUGUCCGCAGUCUCUGGUCAUCUCCUGUACUGUGUCCGCAGUCUCUGGUCAUCUCCUGUACUGUGUCCGCAGUCUCUGGUCAUCUCCUGUACUGUGUCCGCAGUCUCUGGUCAUCUCCUGUACUGUGUCCGCAGUCUCUGGUCAUCUCCUGUACUGUGUCCGCAGUCUCUGGUCAUCUCCUGUACUGUGUCCGCAGUCUCUGGUCAUCUCCUGUACUGUGUCCGCAGUCUCUGGUCAUCUCCUGUACUGUGUCCGCAGUCUCUGGUCAUCUCCUGUACUGUGUCCGCAGUCUCUGGUCAUCCCCUGUACUGUGUCCACAGUCCACUGGU